UAAGUUAGACGUCGUUGGAUACAUUAAUAUAAAUGACUUGUGGAAGGACACAUCAGUAUUUAAAUAAAAGUUUUCUUUAAUUUUGGUGCAGUUAACCUCUGUAUAGAUAUUCCAGAAUCCGCCAAUCCCUCACUGGACGGCGAGAGAAGCCCGCGAAUUAAACAGUUAUCAUCCAAUCAACUUAUACAUAGCUCGAGCGUCAAGGGAGCAUACUAAAGAUUGAUGUGCGCCUUAUCCAAUAACAGAUGUAACCCUGUGACUGACAUUAUAGUUAGCCAUUGCCACUGUGAAUAUUAUUAUCAAGGGUGGACCACUGUUGUUUGAGUGAUUUAAAGAGUGGACAAAUAGAAUUAUCUGAACUGCAUCCGGGGUGUAACCAUCGUCGUGUAAGUAGCCAAUGCAGAGUUGAGUUACGGCUGCAGUUGCGUGAAGUCCCGCCCCACGUUUCCAUUUCGAUUGAAGAGACGCGGCUCACGAGCAGGGAAUUAUUAAACUAUAUACAUUUAAGUGCGGUGUUAGACGCGUUAAUUUAGUAUUUUUGUAAUAUAGACACAUUUUUAAACAGUCGAUGUUACGCAAAUACCAUUCAUAACCAGUUUUGUAAACAGGCGCAGUUAUUUAGCCUUAACCACGGCCUGUGCAAAUUUAAGGCAAAUCAAAGCCUAAAAUCACGCGCAGUUGAGUUUAGAGACCUCCGGCAAAAUAGCGGGCUUUAGGUCCAGAGAUAUGGCGGAGUAUGGUAACGGCCUCGCCGAGGAGAGUUUGCUGGAUUCUGAUCCAGGGCACCCUGAACUGGAAGAUCCAGGAGCUGUCGACGAGGAGCCAGGUUUGGAAGAAGGAGAGACUACCAUCGAAGACCCGGAGCUGGAGGCAAUCAAGGCUCGAGUUAGAGAAAUGGAGGAGGAGGCAGAGAAAUUGAAAGAGCUUCAGAAUGAAGUAGAAAAGCAGAUGAAUCUCAGUCCUCCUCCAGCGGGUCCAGUGAUAAUGUCUAUUGAAGAAAGAAUAGAAGCAGAUGGCAGAUCUAUCUAUGUUGGAAAUGUUGACUAUGGAGCAACAGCAGAGGAAUUGGAAGCUCACUUUCAUGGUUGCGGCUCAGUAAACAGAGUAACUAUUUUGUGCGACAAGUUCACAGGACAUCCUAAAGGGUUUGCAUACAUAGAAUUUGCAGAUAAGGAGUCUGUACGAACGGCAAUGGCGCUUGAUGAGUCCCUCUUCAGAGGACGACAGAUUAAGGUGGGUGCAAAGAGAACAAACCGGCCUGGAAUCAGCACUACAGAUCGUGGAUUUCCCAGAGCUCGAUUCCGGUCUCGGGGUACCUUCUCUACAUCACGAGCUCGAUACUACAGUGGCUAUACCCCUCCACGAGGAAGAGGCAGAGCUUUCAGGGGCCGUGGGCGAGCGACUUCCUGGUAUUCCCCUUACUAAUUAUCUCCCCCACCCAUAAUCCCAAAAAAGAGAGAAAGAAAACAAAACAAAAACAAAACAGUUAAAAGUAAAUGGAAAAGAGGAAGAAAACCAGAAGAGACAGAGACAAAAAAAAAUUUAAAAAAAAAAAAAAAAAAAAAAAAAAACCUUCUGUCCCAAACAGGCCUGGAGCAAGGGAGUCUGGGCUUGAUGGUUAAAAUUGUUACCUUGAUAUUGUGCUCCAUAUUGAUAGCAGGCAAGUGUACACGCCUGGGUGCACACAUACACACGUCUGUGUGUGAAGGUGCACUGUCCCAGCAGUGGGUAAGAUGACUUAGGGGAUUUGGUUGGGGUGGCCUCGCUCUUUGUGACAAUAAUCAGAGGAAUCUCUUUAUUUUAAAUGUUUCUGGGGCACCACAAGUGAAACUGUUUGAAGCCAUGGGCUGUUGUUUUUCAUGUGGCUGAGUGAUCCCUGCCCUUUGACCUAGCUUCUGUGUCUGCUUUAUGUUAACCCCUCUUCUGUGCUCGCUUGCUCUCAGCUUGAUACCUGGAAAUCACUGCAUUAUUUGUUUUCCUCUUACAUGUUUGCACUUUCCACUAUCCUGUAGCAUAAUUUUAUUUUCUUCCAGUUAUCGUUUAACUUUUAGAAAGAAAAAAGCAACAUUCAAAUUCUGAAGCUAAUUUGCUCUUUGCAUUUAGUAAAAUUAUUUUAAUUCAAGGUUUUAAAAUGUUAAAAAAAAAAAAAAAAAUCCAGAUAUUUCAUUAAGGGAGCAGUUUUAUGUUGCCUACCCAGUCCUCAUUAGCCCUGCUUUCCCAGUUAAUUUCAUCUUUUAA